AUGAACCAUUCACUACACGAGGAAACACUGCAGUUUUCCAAACAACGCGACACAACCACUUAUAGCUCGGCGAACGUCACUUGUGCCGCCUCACUUCGCUGCGGGGAUAACACGGGUAACUCUGUACAGCAAUUUAUUGUUAAUUGCCGCAAGUUAACAAGGCGCUGUCGCCCCCCGGCCGUCACCGACGCUGCCGAGUGCUCGUUGAGUUACGUCGCCGGC